UCAAUCUUCCGAACUAUUCACAGUUGCUGUGAUUUCUGUUUUAUAUUAUUGAUUCUGUUUUAUAUUUUACAAAAGUUUCAUUGAAAAAGUAAUUUAUGAGCAAUUGGGUGCGGACUGGUGCGAAUUAAAAAUUAUAGCCGUAUCCCUGAAAAGGAUUGGGUUGGGUGCAGACCGUAUACGAAGCCGCAGAAGUUAACUCGAUCAAAAUCUUGGAAACUGUAUUACAUUGUACAUUAUUCAUAAUGAAUAAUGUAACAGAUAGUUCUUCAGAUGAAGAUGAUCCAUAUACAAAUUCUGUUGCUCGAUUAAGAGCAUUGAAACAGCAUCGCUUUCAAAGAGUGGAACUUUCUCUUAAGGAGAGCAUUACGCAGAAAACAAAAUGUGAAAAUAUGAACGGUAAUGAUCAUGGUAAAAACAUAAAGGAUGAAAUAAAUAAUGAAAUAAAUAAUGAAAUAAAUAAUGAAAAUGUAUAUGAUGAUGAAAUAAAUAUCGAUGGAAUACAAACGCGAAGCAGGACGCGUUUGCCUGUUGAUCUAGAAUACGAUGUGGAAAUCAUAGACACAGAAAAGCAGUCUGAAUCUUGCAAUGAUAUAGUUACACUUUCAGAUGAUGAUACUUACAUCGAAGAUGACAAUUAUGAAAUAGAUGUAAAAAUAUAUUGGCGAUCAAAUAGAAUUGAUCGUUUAAAUAUGCGUAGACAUGAUAAUUUCAAAGGUAUUUUUGAGCAUUAUGCCAAUUUAGAAGGAGUUUCCGUAAAUGAAGUCCUAAUCAUGAAAAAGGAUAAAAUUGUCCACCAUACCGAUACCCCUGCAUCGCUCGAAAUUUCCAUUAUAGAUAUACUCGAUGGUGGGAUAGUGAAUCCAGGUAUGAACACACUAUCCAAGGAUAAGGAGGAGAACAAUGAUGAGGACAUAUGUACUAUUAAAGUACAAACUGCGAACAAAAAACAGUCCUUGAUUAUUCCACUUAAGAAAGAUGAACCAUUUAAGAUGCUAUUCGCUAAUUGUUCUGAGCAACUUGGUGUGAAGGAGAAUAAUUUGAAACUUUACUUUGAUGGAGAACAGAUAAAUCCAUCAGACACUCCAGAGUCCUUAGAUCUCGAAACAGAAGCAUGUAUCGAUCUUCACAUAUCUGCGUAAUGUAUAAUAAAAAGGUAGCUUAAAUUUU